CUGCUGCCGAACAGGAGCCUUGCAGAAGCAGCCGGAGCAGCACAGUCCACGUCCGGGGCUUUGUUUCAUUCAGCAGACAACAAACCAGCGUCGGCUUCGUUUAAAACUGACACCAAAAGUGCACGCGUUAUAAACGGCCAUGCGCAUUCGUGACAUUUUGGAUACAUUGUAACACUGACACUGCAACAAGAGAGGAAGCGAGGGAGAGAGAGAGAGAGAGAGAGGAGAGAGAGAGAGCGGACAAAGUUGUCACUCGGUUGUUUGGUACACAAAAACACUGGAGCCUGUGUGGGCCGCGUGCUGGGAACAGGGUCAUCUGUAUCACCAUGAGGCUGUGACAGAACAGGGACAAUGAUGGCAGAGCUGGAAAUUGACCAGUCCAACCUUCCACGUGUCCAAGAAGUGUGCCAGUGUUUUGCUGUGCUGGAGGAUGGAGCGUUGGCACACAACCUGCAGGAACAGGAGAUCGAACAAUACUAUACCACCAACAUCCAGAAGAACCAGCUAGUGCAGAAUGACAUCCGUGUAGCAAAAAGGAUGCAGGAUGAGGAGGAAGAGGAGCAGGCCCAGCAGAGCACCCUCCUCAGACAGGCCUCCAGACAACUAGAGAAGGAAGACUUCGAGUAUGCCCGUUUAAUUCAGGAGGAGAUCCAGCGUUGUGCUGAGGAGGCCCGGAGGAGGGAGCAGGAAGAUGAGGAAAUAGCUAAACGAAUGCAGGAAGAGGAGAAGCAGAGAAACAGGAGGAUAAGCAGAGGGCACGAGGGCCAUAGUGAAGUGGCGCCACUGCAGCCAGAGCCAGAUGAGGCAAGCAUGGACAUGGGGGGGAUGCGGCAGGUCCUACUGGAUGAAGAACUGGCUUACAAGAUGCAGGAAGAAGAGGAGAGGCUGUUGAGGAGGAACUCCCAGCCCUCUCCAUGUAGUUCGUACCCAGAGGGUGACUUCCGAGUAGCACAAGUGGCGCAGGAUGAGGAAAUUGCACGCUUCAUGCAGAAGCAGGAAAUUAAGUCAAAGCGCAGAUCUCGUGAGCUAGAAGGGCCGACAUCGUGGCACGAGCACAGAGCGAUGACCGGUGUCCAUGACAGACGGGCUCCAAGGGACAGACCGGUCCACCGAGAGAGGCUCGACUCAGAGGGCCUUCCUUCCCCCACUGACGACUGCUCCCCAGAGAACCAGCCACCCAGCCCCUUCUCCACACUACCACAAGGCCAGCAGAUCCGAAACAUUGCGGAAGAGCUGGACCCGACCUUCCAGGCCAGGAGGGAAAGCACAGAGAGCCUCAGAGUGGGACCAGCAGGUCCAACCUGUCAGCCGCUUCCCAUGCCACAAUCUGGUUUACGGGAUUUUCUUGAGGAGGCUACUUUCAUCCCACCCACAAAACGGCAAACGGACAAAUCAGGACGUGCUAAAUCCAAAGAGAAGAAGGAAAAUUGCAAGCAACAAUAAUUUGACACAUGAUGUGUGUAUAUAUAUAUAAAAUAACACUAAAUAUUAGUUGUGCUACAGAGUUCUCAUUACUUACUAUAUUACUUUAAGGUUGAAGAUUACUAACAGCCAACCCUAAUAGCACUUUAGACCAGUCGAACACAGAGAGAGAAUUGAGAGAAGUGACAUUUUAUAAUAUUUCUUGACUACGUGAAUAAUGACAACACUUUUGACUCAUGCCUUUUACAGUUUUCAAAGGGAAGAUGUAGGUUUAUCAAAGUAUUGUUUGGAUUCUUCAGUGUUGAUGAUACACGACACAUUUUUUAAAUUAUGUUUGUAAGUUUUAUGUUUUUUUUAUUAAGUUAAGCAGUGAGCAUCCAUCCAUUAUCUAUAACCACUUUGUGUUUUGACAUUUAGGAUGCUCCUUGCUGGCGUCACAGAGGUGCAUUAGUUAGAACUGUUGCGUAACAGCAAGUGACCACCGCCAAAGAGCAUCCAAAAAAACGAAAACAAAAGUGACUUUGAUAACCUUUGAACCUGAGUGAUCCAGCUACUUUAUGACAUCCACUUUCAGAGUGUCUGCCAACUUUGUGUCAAAGCAGUUUGGCAGGGCUCCACCCAUGUUUACAAUAGUACAAUGACAAUCAGAUGACCUUAUUUAACUCUUAUUGAAACACACAUUGCAACAAUAAUGAAAGUUUGUUAAGUUGUUUUGUAAUAUCCAGAUGUUACUAUAUCCUUUUGGGAACAGUAUAUCUAAAGUAAUCUAAGACCAAUGAUCCACAGCUGCAUCUCAUGGUCACAUAAUGAAACCAGAGUCAGCUCCAUUAGCAGAGAGAGUUCAGUGGAAAAGCAUUACUUUAAUUAAUUAUUGUUUUUGUUUACUUUACCAGGUGUGUUUUUGUCAACCAGAAACAAUUAUGUCAGUUAACAUUAUAUAUAUGUAAAAUAUGUGGUCUAACAAAAGAUUUGAUUGUUUAUUUGUAUGUUCAUAUUACUCCAACAUUUAAAACACUAUUUUUUAUGUUGUCAUUUUUUUUGUACAAAUGAAAUAGGUGGACCUCUAUGAAUGCAAUUGUUCUGUAUGAAAGAGCAACAAAUAAAAUGAAAA